UCUCGCAUUGCAGGAGUGUUUCAUGCCUUCUACUUUCACAACCAGGCAACAGCAAACAGGAAAUGGCAAUAACCAACAACAGCAGACAAGAGGAGCCACAAACGUCUCUUGGGAGGGUUUAAAAAAACAUCUCCUUUGCUUUAUCAUGAGUGGUGUGCCACCAGUGAAAUGCGACACUGAAGACUCCGGGAAUGAUUAUGUGAGAGAAGAUGGCACAGACGGUGAGCAUUCGACAACAGAGCUCUCUCUCAAGGAGCUGGUGGAGGUUUUACAUGCAGCGCCUCACUCCUGUCGUCAUGGAGAUGAGGUGUGGCCCAACCUAUACCUGGGAGACAUGUUCAUGUCUCAUGAUAAAUUCCGACUGUGGACGCUGGGCAUCACUCACGUGCUGAAUGCAUCACAUGGUAAACUAUGUUGCAAAGGCAGCGAUGACUUCUACGGAACCACGGUGAAAUACUACGGCGUGCCAGCCAAUGACCUGCCCACAUUUGACAUUUCACCUUUCUUCUACCCUGCUGCUGCCUUCAUCGACCGCGCUCUGACGUCAGGAGGAAGGAUACUGGUGCACUGCGCUGUGGGUGUGAGUCGCUCAGCCACGUUGGUCCUUGCUUACCUGAUGAUUCACCAUCACCUCACACUCCUGUCUGCCAUAAAGUGUGUGCAGCAAAAACGCUGGAUCUUUCCAAACAGAGGCUUCCUGCAGCAGCUUAUGCUCCUCCAGCAAACCCUGCAGAGCAAAGGAGAGACCGUACCAGAAUAAAAGUCCAUCAAAUACU